AUGAGAGCUUCUAAUGUGCUUAACUUCCAACAGACAGCUGUGGCAAACUUGAGAAGACCAUGGCAAACCUUCAAGGAUGGUCAAAUUUGGUAUGGUAUGACUACCAGAGGGACCAAGAGACAUCCAUUAACUACGAAACAGGGAAACAAGCAUUAUUAUAAAGGUACCGGAUCUUCAGGGUAUGGUAAAUUAAAUAAAUCUGGGAUAUACAUAGUUAACUGGGAAAAGGUCAGAACAUACGUUGUUCCAGCAGAUUUGCAUACUACCGAGUUAAAGCCAUUGGUUUCACCAAAUGUUCCUCAGAUAUACCAGAAAUUUACCGGGUAUUCAGAUGACAUGAAGAGCCCUGAAUUGGCAUGGAAGAAUAUAACUGAAUUUGUUGAACACGGUGAAAAUUACAAUGAACAAGAUUUGGAAAAAAACCAAUACUUGGAAGAAUUUGUGAACCACGACAUCCACAAGGCCGAACAAGCAGUAAACGUUGAAGCCUCGCAAUAG